AUGAAUGUUAACAAAUGGAAGUUCAUUAUCAAUUAUGGACCGAGAAAGUCUGCCGCCAAUCAGCGGAUGAUCAGUGUGGGGAAAACGCUCGUGCACGACGAGCAUCGUGAUCCGCAAAGCUCGAAAACCCAGCUACAACAACCCUCAACCCCUCCAAAUCCACAAGCAACAACCAUGGCAAACUCCAAGGCAGACCUCCUCGAUUUCGAGGACUCAAACGACUCCCCACCAGCCUACGACCCAUCCACAAAACCCACCCCAGCACCAAGCCGCGGGGCACUCCCACGCCCACCACCACUUUCCCUCCCCGCGCUCAACGCCCUCCGCAGCAAACGAGUAAUCCUCGCCUCCCAAUCUCCCCGCCGACGCCAAAUAAUAUCUUUCCUCGGUCUCCCCAACCUAGAAAUCAUCCCCUCAAACGCCGAUGAAGACCUCCCCAAAUCCCUCGGAGCAGUCCAAUAUGUCCUAGAAACAGCAACCAAAAAGGCACAAGCUGUCUAUACCCAGGAAAUCGACAAUGAAGUCAAGGGCGAGCCUGCUCUUAUCCUUGCGGCCGACACUAUCGUCGUCGACGUGACAACAGAUGCUAUCCUCGAGAAACCCCGCUCUGAGUCACACCAUUUCUCCAUGCUCCGGGCUCUGCGCGACGCGCGCGACCACAAAGUCUACACUGCUCUCGUUGCUAUGGCGCCGCUUGCUAGCGCCCGGCAGCCCGGGUAUGCGAUUGAAACGGUGGUUGAGGAGACGAAUGUGCGGUUUGAUGGGGAUGUGACGGAUGAUCUCCUUAUGGCUUAUGUGCGAACGCGCGAGGGUGCGGAUAAGGCGGGUGGGUAUGGGUUGCAGGGGCUUGGCUCGAUUCUCAUCGAGAAGAUCGAGGGAAGCUAUGAUAAUGUUAUCGGGUUGCCGCUUAAGGCGACUUUGAAGCUUAUUGAGACUGUUAUGCAGAAGGCUAAUGAUGAAGACCGGUUGGAAGGGGAUCCACUUCUUGAGGAGGACGAGGAUCAGGAUGAGUAG